GCCGCGGUCGGAGGUUCCAGGCGGAGCCAGGGGAGCGGCCGCACAGGCUCCUUCUCGGGGCCCGGGGCCACGGGCUGUGGGCUUCAGGAUGAGUGUGCCUGACUACAUGCAGUGUGCUGAGGACCACCAGGCCCUCCUGGUGGUGGCACAGCCUGUGGGCAUCGUGUCUGAGGAGAAUUUCUUCAGGAUCUACAAGAGGAUCUGCUCAGUGAGCCAGCUCAGCAUGCGCGACUCGCAGCGGGUCCUCUUCAUCCGCUACCGGCAUCACUACCCGCCGGAGAACAAUGAGUGGGGUGACUUCCAGACGCACCGCAAAGUCGUGGGCCUCAUCACCAUCACUGACUGUUUCUCGGCCAAGGACUGGCCUCAGACCUUCGAGAAGUUUCACAUGCAGAAGGAGAUCUAUGGCUCCACGCUGUACGACUCCCGGCUCUUUGUCUUUGGGCUGCAGGGGGAUGUGGCCGAGCAGCCACGCCCCGAUGUGGCCUUCUACCCCAGCUACGAUGACUGCGACUCUGUGGAGAAGCGCAUUGAGGACUUCAUUGAGUCGCUGUUCAUCGUGCUCGAGUCCAAGCGUCUGGACAGAGCCACAGACAAGUCCGGGGACAAGAUCCCCCUCCUCUGUGUCCCCUUUGAGAAGAAGGACUUCGUGGGACUAGACACAGAUAGUAGUAUGUUGUUGGGUCUGAAAAGACAUUACAAGAAGCGCUGCCAGGGGCGCAUGCGGAAGCACGUGGGGGAUCUGUGCCUGCAGGCCGGGAUGCUGCAGGACUCCCUGGUACACUACCACAUGGCCGUGGAGCUGCUCCGCUCAGUGAAUGACUUUCUGUGGCUGGGGGCUGCCUUGGAAGGGCUGUGUUCAGCUUCUGUCAUCUACCACUAUCCUGGUGGAACUGGUGGUAAGACUGGGGCUCGAAGGCUCCCAGGCAGCUCACUUCCUUCUGAAACAGCUAACAGACAUCGGCCAGGGGCACAGGAAGUUCUCAUUGAUCCAGGUGCCCUCACCACCAAUGGCAUCAAUCCUGACACUAGUGCUGAAAUUGGACGAGCUAAGAACUGUCUUAGCCCUGAAGAUAUAAUUGACAAGUAUAAAGAGGCCAUUUCCUGCUACAGCAAGUACAAGAAUGCUGGAGUGAUCGAGUUGGAAGCAUGUGUCAAGGCUGUGCGUGUCCUGGCAAUUCAGAAGCGCAGCAUGGAGGCUUCAGAGUUUCUGCAGAAUGCAGUGUACAUCAAUCUUCGGCAGCUUUCUGAAGAAGAAAAAAUCCAGCGCUACAGCAUCCUCUCCGAGCUUUAUGAACUGAUUGGCUUCCAUCGCAAAUCAGCUUUCUUCAAGCGUGUGGCAGCCAUGCAGUGUGUGGCCCCCAGCAUUGCAGAGCCUGGCUGGAGGGCCUGCUACAAACUCCUCCUGGAGACGCUGCCUGGCUACAGUCUGUCACUGGACCCAAAGGACUUCAACAAAGGCACGCACAGAGGCUGGGCUGCUGUCCAGAUGCGUUUGCUCCACGAGCUGGUGUACGCCUCCCGAAGGAUGGGAAACCCCGCUCUGUCUGUGCGGCACCUGUCCUUCCUUCUGCAGACCAUGCUGGACUUCCUGUCAGACCAGG